UGUUAGAUUUGAACUUUGCACCCUGCAUUUGACCUUUUGAGCCAAUUCGUUUGUCAAGUUCGACGUUCGCUCGUUCAGCCAUGGCCGCCGUCCGACUGGGACUGAAGCCGUCUGUGCAACCGCCGCGGCGACUGCGAAGCACCCUCGCGCUGGCAGUGGCGGUGGCAGUGGCGGUGGCGGCGAUGCUGAUGGCGGCGGUAGUGGGACUGGCGUUCGCAGACGAAGCCUCCAGCGGCGCCCGAUCCUCGCCCUCGUCCCACCAGGGCCAGCCCAAGAUCGUCCUGCGUGAUGUGCACGGCCGACUGCCGCCGCCAGUGAUGCGCGUGUCGGCCGAGGAGUGGGCUGCUCGGAUGCCACUGCCCGACCCAGCGCUGCUCAAAGACCCGCCACCGCUGUACGGCACGGAGGCAUACUUUGCCGCCGAGCGCGCAGCCAAGGAGGCGGCAGCUGCUGCUGCUGCAGGCCAAACCGACGAGAACAGCAGCAAGAAGCCGAAGAAGAAGAAGAAGAAGGCGCUUGACGAGGAUGCCUACGAGGCGUCCAUCGAGCACUUCAAGCACGUCGACGAGCAAGUAGUGGAUGGUCUCGUUCAAGACGAGGACCAGGAGCAACCAGCGACAGCAUCCUCUGGCACCAAGCACGACAAGGCAUCCUCGGGGCGACGCGGCAGCAGCAGCAGCAGCAGCGAUGUCAAAAAGCCCGUCAAUCCAUUCCAAACAACCAGCAAGACAAAGCGCUACCAGUUUGAGCGGAAUGUCCACCAUCGCUCAGCCCAGCUCGCUCCGAGACCAGAGCCCGACCCGGCAGAUCCACUCGGCGGGUUUGCAUCCGAUUCCGAGGAGCGGAAGGACUUUCUCGAUAUGCUCAAAAGGUACAAAGACCUCGACGAGGCCGUUCAGGACGACACUCGCGACUUGGUCACCUACAACUUGGGCCUCAUGUACUUUCUUGGGCAUGGCACGCGCCGUGAUCGAGUGCGCGCUGUCGAGCUGUACACGGAGGCGGCGCACCAAGGGCUGGCCGUGGCCAUGAACGACCUCGGCUGGUGCUACAUGAAUGGGGUGGCCGUGUCCAAGAACGAGGAGGAAGGCGUGCGCUGGUACCGGGAGGCGGCCGAGAUCGGCCUGCGGGAGGCGCGAACCAACCUGGGCAUGUGCUACCUCGCUGGCUCUUGCGGUGUAGGCGUUGCGAACAGCACGGAAGCGCUCAAGUGGUUUAUGAUGGCCGCGCUCGACGGCGUGCCCAUGGCGCAAGCUCAAGGUGGGCUGUUGCUCAUUGAGCGUGGAACUCGAGAGCGAACAAACGCAGCACAUCAGGUGAUGCAAGAGCAGAUGGACCGCCAUCUCACCGCCUACCAACGCGAUGGCGACGACAACGCAGAUGACAACGAGGCCGCGCCUCCACCGCAGUUUCGUCCAACCCUCGCCAUGGAGAAGGAGAUUGAGGAAAAGAUAGGCAACACGGGCUUGGACGACAUGUCCCGUGGAUUAGCCUGGCUCCAAUUUGCGGCAGACGAGCUGGAUGGCGAUGCCGACGGUGGCCUGCCGUUUGCGCAGCAUGCGCUCGCCAUGCAACACAUCCGGCCCGCCUCGGCGGUGCUGUCUGUGCUUGAGCGCAAUGCCACGCGGGCACUGGAGUUGCUGGAGCUGGCUGCACGCACCAACUAUCCUCCAGCGGUGAGCGAGCUCGUGUCGCUGCACAAGAACGGCAUCCGUGCAAUGCAACCAUUCCGCCCACGAGCCGAGUUCCGGCAGCCGUCCGGUAUUCCCAUCAAGAAGCCCGACACUGGCGAAUUGAAGCGAAUUUUCGAGCGCGACGUGUACGAACUCGUCUACCGCACUCCGGCUCCAGCAUCCCUCACGUCAGCUGCAUCGUCAGAGCGCCUGCCGCGAGGCCUGUCAGCGCUUCCCCUUGCCAUAUCUCCGCCCGUUGCCGAGCAGGACAAGGUGGUUCGCCGCAACCCGCAAAAGUACCUCGAUUACCUGCAUGCUGCUGUCGAGCUGAACGUGACGGACGCACUGCUCGAGCUGGCCACCCUCCAUCACUACGGAAGCGAGGCGAUUUUCAACCCACCACCUCCAUCCGACGACCAGCUGCAGGGGCUGAGUGAGCAGGAUCGAGCGCGCUUCCUCGCUCAGCGAAACAACCGCCCCCCAGUCGUGCCGCACCGCCCCAUCCCAUCCGACCUUGCGCUUGCUUUGGACUAUUACAAGAAAUCCGGCGAGUCUGGCAAUCCGCAGGCCUAUCCAAUUCUUGUGGCAUUCUACCAGCGAGGAAUGGGGACAACGCCAAGUCUUGCAAAAGCUGCGUUCUGGCAGGACAAAAUCAACACCUACGAAGCCCAGCUCCAUGCUGAAGAGCGACGCGCUCAAUUGGAGCAGAACGCUGCGAGGGCUGCAAGGCGGACCGACAUUGGUCGGCAAGCAUCUGGCGACGGCCAGAGUGACAUCCAAGCCUCUACUCCCCAAACGCAACCAAGACGAGUCACUCGUAUUGCCAAGUCCAAGCGCUUGGCCGAAGCACUCUCAGACGAAUUUUGAACGCACACACACACACACAAACAUUUGCAGAUUGUAUUACGACUGUUGAAUAACUUUUUUGAUUUCUUGCUGUUUGAGUUUUGAUUUUUGAUUUUUGUAUUGGUACCUGAAUAAGUUGGUUUUUUUCUGUGUUUUGUACAUGAAUGC